GGAAAGAGUACAGUGUGGUAGAAUAAUAAUAACAAGCGACGUAGGCGGCUGUUCAGAGGUCGACGACGCCCUCCCAGCCGGAGCAAAGGUUCCUUCUCUGCACCGGAGACGUCGAAAACCCCGAACGAAUCCCGACGAUGAAGUACGUGAGCACGCGGGGGGCGGCAGCUGGGAGCUCGUUCCAAGAGGCGCUGUUCUCGGGCUACGCGGUGGACGGGGGCCUCUUCGUGCCGGAGGAGAUCCCGCGGGUGUCUGCCGACACGCUGCGGCAGUGGCGGGCCCUCUCCUACCCGCAGCUCGUGCAGAACAUCUGCUCCCUCUACAUCUCCCCAGACGAGAUCCCUGUGCAGGAGCUGGGAGCUCUGGUCGACCGGGCCCUCAGCCGGUUUGCCCACAGUGAGGUGGUGACCUUCAAGAGGCUCAGGGAUGGCCUCAACGUCCUCGAGCUCUUCCACGGCCCCACCAUGACCUUCAAGGACCUGGCCAUGUGCUGCCUGGCACAGUUCAUUCUCUACUUCCUGCAGAAGGAGGACAAGCAUGUCACCAUCGUAGUGGGGACGUCGGGAGACACGGGCGGCUCGGCGAUUGCGAGCUUGCGAGGGGCGGAGCGCGCCGACGUGGUGGUGCUACUGCCCGGCGGACGCUGCAGCCGCUUGCAGGAGCUGCACAUGACCACGGCUAUGGAGGAGAACGUGCACGUGUUCACAGUGGAAGGCUCGUCGGACGAUCUGGACGAACCCAUCCGCAGGCUGUUCGCCGACACCGAGUUCUCGUCGCGCCACGGCGUCAUCAGCAUCAACUCCAUCAACUGGGGCCGCGUGCUGGUGCAGGUCGCUCACCACUUCUACGCGUACCUCCGCUGCACGGACGGCGGCGGCAGCGGCGCCGAGGAGGAGAUGCCCACCGUGGAGGUCGUGGUGCCCACGGGGGCGGCGGGCAACGCCGCUGCCGGAUGCGUCGCCAGGCGGAUGGGGCUGCCGAUCCGGCUGCUGUGCGCCGUCAACCAGAACGACGUCGUCCACCGCGCCCUGCAGAGCGGGGACUUCAGCGUGGACGGCGCCGUGAAGCCCUCGCUGGCCUCCGCCAUCGACAUCCAGGUGCCCUACAACACGGAGCGCAUGUUCCACCUGUGCUCUGACGCCGACACGGCCCUGGUCCGAGACGUCAUGAGCCGCUUCUAUGAAUCUGGCCGAGCGAGCCUCCCCGCGACCCUGCAGAGCAAGAUGCGGGAGGCGCUCUCUUCGAGUGCCUUGAGCGACGCCGACAUCUCGGGCGCCAUGCGGCGGUGCUGGCAGGAGAACGCCUACCUGCUGUGCCCCCAUUCCGCCGUGGCGGUCGCCUUCCACUACAGCUGGCCGACGCCCCCCGGCGUGCACAGGGUCUGCCUUGCGACAGCCUCGCCCGCCAAGUUCCAGGAGGUGGUUGAGCACGUCGGCCUUCGCCAGCCGGAGCACCCCGAGGUCGCAGCGCUGCGCGACCUGCCCCAGCGCAGCGUCCCCAUGCGCCGCGGCGACGACUGGGACGCGCUGCUCCGCGACGCAGUGACACGCAUCUCGCGCCGGCGCGCGUCGCACGCCCCCUAAGCGCGACGUCGACGUUCGCACCACCGCGUGCACCACCGCCCCGCGCGCAAGCUCUGAUUAGCACGGUUGGCUACGUACGGCGCCAAAGAAGUUUCGGCAUGCGCACGUACACGGCGGUUAGAUCCGCCCGUUAAAUUCUCCGACGAUUGUUGGCGACUGAACAGGCGAUUGCGGUGCGAAAUGUCGCCGUGUGUGAAUGUUGAAAUAAUUUCUUGUUCUGCGGUCAUAUACACCUGAUUUGUACAACAUUCAGUAGUUUGUUGAUUGAAGUGAAUCUUGCUGUGGAAACUUGUGAAAAUUAUUCCUGAAAAAAGCCACACAUAUGAGCAUGUAGUUGAAACUGCUUUUAACGGUUUACAAAUUACUGUAGUGCCUCCCACUUAAAAGGGCUUUAAAGGCAUCUAAUGCCUCAACUGCACCAUGAAAGGUGCAUGGAUUGACAACACUUGACCUCAAAUUUGCCUACAGCACAAAACCAUGUACGGCUAUGUACAUCAAACCUGUCACAGUUGGUAACCAGAUGGGUUCGGGUGCUAACGCCUGUACCAAAGCACUUGGCCCCGCGCUGCUGAAAUCCUGAAUCCAAAUCACGGGAUAUGAAGUGGAGAGUUGAUGGUCACAGCCUGGUUGCUGAUAAUUGCACAUGUACAUUUUAGUUUUCAAUUCAGCCCAGCUUCCUAAACGGCAAUAACGCGGAGUUGUUCGCUUGGGAUCCGGGUAAUAGAGAUCCAUUGAGAAUACAAAAGUAUCGUGUUUUAUAAAUGUCACCAUUCUCUGUGUUCCAGAGUGAACUCAUUUGCCAUGUUGCUCGAAUGCAAUUGUGCACGUGGGGUGAU